AUGGCUAAGGGAAAUCUGAAGGCUGAAUGGGAUGUAUUCUUCGACACCCUGGCGAAGGUGUUUGCUCCCACUAAUAGGAAGAAUUUUGGCAAUAUAUCUUCGAUGCUGCAAAUUUUUGGAUUCAGCAUAGCUUAUAAUCAUCGGAUCAACUUUGGGAAGAUAUUGCUAAGGGAGAUUAUCAGAAAAAUGGGGUCUGUUAAACAAAGAUCUAUUCAUCAGAAUGAGAAGGUUGAAUGCUUUUAUCUGAGGUUUCUAAUGUUGUUUUUAAAUGAUAAGAUGAAUGAGGCUGAUAGGAACAUGUAUGUCGAUUCUCCCGUGGUUCCUAUUCUGAGGACUUGUGCCAAGAUCCAGACCAGGCUGGUAAAUAAGAAGAAGCAUGAGAAUGUGCCUUUGGUUGUGACUCCUUUCAUUCUGGAGCAAUUUAGUGCUCCAUUCCAGCCUGUUCAAGUCUCUGAACCUCUACAACAGCAUCAAUAUCAACAACAACAACAUCAUCAAUAUCAACAACAACAGCAACAGGCUCAACCACAAAUGCAAGAACAACAACAACAACCGCCUCAACACAACCUCCAACCACUACAACUCAUCCCAGACUACCAAUCUUCCAGCCAAUCCUCACACCACUCUCCCUACAACCCUCCUUACAACUCACCCUACCAAUCACCUCACCAAUCUCCAUACAACUCACCUCACCAAUCUCCAUACAACUCUCCUCACCAAUCUCAAAACCAAUCCCCUCCACAUUACAACUUCUUCCCUGAACAACAAUCAUCCAUCUUUUCCUCACAAUCUGAACCUAUACCUUCACCUACCCAUACACAUCACAUUCCCCAAACCCAAUCUACCUCUCAACCCCUGCCAUCUGAUUCUACUAUCAAUCCAGAGCUACAGGACUUCAGGACUGACUUACAGGUAGCUCAGGUUCUGGUGACGGUGUGA